CCCACGGGCCGUCCGGUCACGGUCCCUGAAGCCCCAGCCUGCCAGACCCGAGCCCAUACUGACGUCAAGGAUAAAGGCGAUCAGACCUCAGCCCCUAGCGGGGCUUUCGAUGUGACACUGUGUGUCUUGAGCUAGGGAGUUUCUCCUGCCUCGCCUUGCUUACAGUUCUGCAACUAUCAAUACACAGUUACACCCCACCGUGUGCUAAAAAGCAUCGGGAGUUACAGGGCUUGAAGUCAGCUCUGGAAGACUUGGAAGAGAGGUUGUUUGGCGUUCGUGUCUGAUUGAAUGUGUAUGUGUAGAAACUAACGCAGCACCUAGUGCGGUGCCUCGCAACCAGUAAUCCCUCAAUAAACUUUCCCUGAAUGAAUGAGGACACCGGGUUCCCUAGGAGCCGCCCCAGGCUUAAUGAUUGUCCAGAAGGAGGCUAUAAAGGGAGGCUGGGUGGAGGAGGGAGCAGAAAAAGCCUAACUCAGCAGACCUGGCACUGAGAGCCCGCCAGCCCCAGCCGUGGUCAGAGACUUUGUGUCCCAGCCAGUAGGGCCUGCUCCCUGCCACCAUGGCAGCCCGAGGCUAUGGCUAUUACCGAACCGUGAUCUUCUCGGCCAUGUUUGGAGGCUACAGCCUGUACUACUUCAACCGCAAGACCUUCUCCUUUGUCAUGCCGUCGUUGGUGGAGGAGAUCCCUCUGGACAAAGAUGACUUGGGGCUCAUCACCAGCAGCCAGUCCGCUGCCUACGCCAUCAGCAAGUUUGUGAGCGGGGUGCUAUCUGACCAGAUGAGUGCUCGCUGGCUAUUCUCUUCUGGGCUUCUCCUGGUUGGCCUGGUCAAUGUAGCCUUUUCCUGGAGCUCCGCGGUGCCUGUCUUUGCUGCUCUCUGGUUCCUCAAUGGCCUGGCACAGGGGCUGGGUUGGCCCCCAUGUGGCAAGGUCCUGCGGAAGUGGUUUGAGCCAUCUCAGUUUGGCACUUGGUGGGCCAUCCUGUCAACCAGCAUGAACCUGGCUGGAGGGCUGGGCCCCAUCCUGGCAACCAUCCUCGCCCAGAGUUACAGCUGGCGCACCACGCUGGCCCUGUCUGGGGCACUGUGUGUAGCUGUCUCCUUCCUCUGUCUCCUGCUCAUCCACAAUGAACCUGCUGAUGUUGGACUCCAAAACCUGGACCCCACCCCCUCCAAGGGCAAGAAGGGCUCCUUGAAGGAGGAGAGUACCUUACAGGAGCUGCUGCUGACCCCUUACCUGUGGGUGCUCUCCACUGGCUACCUUGUGGUGUUUGGAGUAAAAACGUGCUGUACUGACUGGGGCCAGUUCUUCCUCAUCCAGGAGAGAGGACAGUCUGCCCUCGUGGGUAGCUCCUACAUGAGUGCCCUGGAGGUUGGGGGCCUUGUAGGCAGCAUCGCAGCUGGCUACCUGUCAGACCGGGCCAUGGCCAAGGCAGGGCUGUCCAUCUACGGGAAUCCCCGCCAUGGCCUGCUGCUAUUCAUGAUGGCUGGCAUGACGGCAUCCAUGUACCUCUUCCGGGUCACUGUGACCAGCGACUCCCCCAAGGAUAUUGCUUUCUGGACUCCGGCUCUUCACCCUCUUGCUGAGCUCACAGGCUUUACAGAGAAUGAGCUCUGGAUCCUGGUGUUGGGAGCUGUGUUUGGUUUCUCCUCUUAUGGUCCCAUCGCCUUGUUUGGAGUUAUAGCCAAUGAGUGUGCCCCUCCGAACUUGUGUGGCACCUCCCAUGCCAUUGUGGGACUCAUGGCCAAUGUGGGCGGCUUUCUGGCUGGGUUGCCCUUCAGCACGAUUGCCAAACAUUACAGUUGGAGCACAGCCUUCUGGGUGGCUGAGGUGAUCUGUGCGGCCAGCACAGGUGCGUUCUUCCUUCUACGAAACAUCCGCACCAAGAUGGGCCGAGUGCCCAAGAAGGCUGAGUGAAGACAGUGCAGGCUCCAGAGCAUGCUGUCCUACUUGUGGCCUUUCCCCUCCGUGGUGGUAGGGAGGGAAAGAAGGGAGGGGGCCGUCUUCACUAGCACCUUUUACUUUCCCUUUCUGCUCCUUUUCCCUUAUCUACAUGGCACUGGAAGUUAUCAGUAGUUAAUGAGGUCCCAGCUCAUCUCAUCUCUAUUUAAAGGACAACCUUUGUUCUUAGACUCCAUUAGCUCCUAUUUCCUGCCUUCAAAUAGGAAACCCCCUGCACUCAGGAAGUCUCCUAUACCCUUCUUCCUCUCCUGAGCCCCACCCUGUCUCCAUCUCACCCCAUCCUCACCUGAGGUGAGGCAUCUCCUGCCUGCAGCAGCUGGGCAACCAUGGCCCGAGACUUCUGCCAGAGGGCCUCAGCAAGGAGGCAACUGCUCCUACCAAUACCUUGGAGUUCAGGGCCAAAAGGUCACUCUCACCAAUACAAGGAUACAAUAGGUGGGAGGAUAGAAAGAUUUGUUAUAGAGAAUUAAAACUAGAUUUGAUACUAACCUUGUCAGUGAAUCAUUCUUUCAGAAGGUGUAAUACAGAGAUAGCUUUGAGAAAUACUCCCUUAAUACCUGCAUUCUCUACCCCAAGAGAGCGAGGGAAAGCUGAAGGGUAAAUGGACUCCUUUAAGCUCCUGCCUCUUCUGCCUUCAACUUCAUACUGCAGAAUUCAAUGCACAUUUUUAGAGAUGACGCUACUGGGUGUCAGGCAGUUUAAAUAACUUGCUGGAGGGAGGCAACAGUAUAGUCAGAAAGUCUAGGUUCAAGGUCUACUUGAACCUCAAAGCUAGGGUAACUAGCUUUGAGACUUUGAAGCAGAGAGUUUGUACUUUGCUAAAUCUUGUCUGUAACACAAACAGGAUGAACAUCCUGAGCUAAGGGAGAGGAUGAAGUGAGAUAAAGCAGUAAAAUCUG